UUUCAGUGUGAUCUCUGCCACUGCCUCUCACCGAGCCCCAGCAUCUUCCUGUAUACAGUGAUUACACCCUCUCUGCUCUGGUGAGGCCCCUGCAAGGGCAGAUUGAAUGAGACCCUGAAUGUCGAUAGAUGUUCCUGCCGAGGCUCUCCCUGCAUUCCUGAGUGAGAGGGCAGGCCUCCACCUCUGACUGGCACUGCUCCCAGGCCUGCCUGAGUUGCCUGGCAACAGCUCUGCGUCUCUAGCUGAGAGCACACUAUGGCAGCCAAGAGGGUAGUGGUGUACCGGAAUGGGGACCCUUUCUUCCCAGGCCGCCAGCUGGUGGUCACUCAACACCGGUUCCCCACCCUGGAGGCCUUCCUCAGCGAGGUGACAUCGGCUGUGCAGGCCUCACUGGCCGUGCGCGCCCUGUACACUCCUUGUCAUGGCCACCCUGUCGCUGACCUGGCCGACCUGCAGAACGGAGGGCAGUAUGUGGCUGCUGGCUUCGAACGAUUCUGCAAGCUCCACUACUUGCCCCCUGGAGGGAAGGAUCUAGGUGGGAAAAGCAGCAGACUACCAUGUUGUCCUGUGACUCAGCACCCAGGUGACGGGGCCCUUGGAUGGAGGCUGCCUGCAGGUGCCCCCUGCUAUAUCCAUGUGUUCAGGAAUGGGGACCUGUUAAGUCCCCCAUUUGGGCUGAAGCUGUCCCAGGCUGCCAGCGAGGACUGGGAAACGGUGCUGAAGCGCCUGACGGAGAAGGCCAAGUUACAGAGCGGGGCUGUGUGCAAACUCUGCACCCUGGAGGGCCUCCCGUUGUCAGCAAGGGAGGCUCUGGUGAGCGGCCGUUACUAUGUGGCUGUUGGAGAAGAUGAAUUCAAGGCCCUCCCCUACCUGGAGCUGCUGGUGCCUAACCCCUCACUGCCCAGGGGCUGCUGGCAUCCUCGAGACCCAAAGUCUAGGCCCCACAAGCAGGGGGCCCAUGGCCACAGGACACACACAACCCAACCCUCUCCGAAGAAACCAAGCCAAACUGAGCCAUCUGCUUUCUAUGCCAGACCCCCACAGGCUACUCAGCCAAGAAGCCUGCUCCCCGCGCUCUCAUUCCCAUCAGGAGUGUAUGGGGCUCCCCACCCAAGGAAGGAAACGGAAGGGGCCCAGGAAGUAGCCGAUGAUACAGACACCUGGACAGAGGAGCCCUUGGAUCAGAGGACAGCACAGAUAGUGGACGAGGCCCUGCCCCUGGAAAGCCAGCCUGGAGCUGGGGCAGCUAUCUCCACCUCAGACCCUGCUCCUUCAUCUUGAGAGCCACAGCCCCAGCCAGGAACCGGGACCACCACUCUGCAGCCACACUUUAUCCUCAGCCCCAGCAGCCUGUUCUAGAGGAACCAGUGCCUCCCCUGGGCUUGUAGAAUAUGCUUCAGCCCCCUCAGCCCCUACCCAGUCUUCUGCUUCUAAGCUCACAGCCCCGU